AUGAGAGUUCCAUUCUUGAUCCUCACCAUCCUCGUUCUCUUUCUCCAGUGCAAUGCUUCCCCGUUUGUAAGAGAUAAGGAGACCAACAUCCUCUUCUACCUCCACAACAUCCAUGCCGACAAGGAUUCAUUAUCGGUCCUCGUCGCACAAAACACCAAUGCCAUCGCCCAUGCCCGUGGUAUCGUGGCCUUUAGCUCUGUCUACGUGUUUGACGACGUGAUCACCGAGGGGCCCUCGAUCACGUCUAAGGUGCUUGGGAAUGCACAGGGCAUGUACGUCGGAACAGCGAAAGACGGGUACACGAUUUUGAUGGCCAUCGACGUCGAGAUCACAACUGGGCCAUUCAACGGUAGCUCGUUCAUACUGUUCUCGAGGAACCCGCUGAGAUCAACCAGGGAGCUCCCCGUUAUUGGAGGCCGGGGUGCGUUCCGAAUGGCCCAAGGGUACGGCAUGCUCCGCACGGUGUGUGUUCACUGUCUCGCCUCUACGAACCCUCCCAGUGGAGAUGUGAUAGUACAAUGUGACCCUCUGGCACCAUUAAUUGAGUUUAUGUAUGUAUUUUGGGUCGUUUGUAGCAGCGCGAUGAUGAUAAUAUAG